CCACACUUGACGGGAAUCACGUGAUCAAGAUGCUGGAAAUUGUUGAGCUGGUUCAAACCUCGCUCUCGUCGGGACCCCCCACCGUCAGGCCAGGGGCGCCGCCACCUGAGCCACCUGGCACCGACCUUGACCUUGAGAUGCCGGAGACGCCGUCAGCACGUGGUAAGAGAAUCAACAGCGGCACCCAGCGUCAGAGGUCACCCAAACCUGGCUCGGCCAUUCAGAGAAGUUCUAGUGGGAACUCUUUGGACAGGGAGAGGCCACAGAGUAAAUCUCACUCACGCCGGAAUGUUAAAAAGGUCAAGGACGAUUUCGAGGAACCAGAAGCUGAGGACCCGAAGGACGCCGAGUCAUCUGACCCGGAAGAAAAGCUCUGCGCAUGUCUACAGAGUCAGCUGAUCGAGUGCAGCAGACAGAGACUGAGGGCCUUCAGGAUGAGUCUCCGUCACUAUGGCAACGUGGACAACAAGGUGUCAUUUAAAGACGUGCAGGCCUCCCUGCAGGAGAACCAGAUCCGUCUGAGCCAGAGGGCGCUGACCAUGAUGUCCGAACUGUACGAGCAGGCCCAGGGGCUGGACUACGAGAAGUUGUACGCCUGUAUGACCAAAGCUCACCUCAGGACAGGACGAGACAGCAUUAAAGCCAGACAGAAGAGAAACGACCUGGAGGCCAAGCAAUCGCUGACGGUAGAGCAGGUGGACGCUGACUUUCUUAGAAGAUUAGAGGACCUACUGAUCAAAGACCAGACCUAUUUUGACAUUGACCUGUUGAGGACCGAGUUCUCCAAGUGGGACCAGCACCGCAUUGGGAAAAUGGCGAAAGAGGGCGCCUACCUGAUAUGCAGCGAGAGGACCCCGCUCUACGGCUCGCUACUCAAGAACCUCAUCAACAGAUGUGAGGAGGACAAGGACAACAAGAUCAGCUGGCCGCUGCUACUGAAUUUCUUGGAGAAGGCUCAGGCUAAAGCCUGGGAAAAACAUCCCGAGUUGGCCUCGGUGCCAGACAAGGUCAAGGUCGCGGCCUCUGUCAGGAUCGCCACGCCUGACCCCAUAGACGAGCUGUCUUCCAGCACAAGGUCAAGGGUCAUGACCAAACUGCUGAGAAAGGCCUCCCAGCGACGUAACUCAGCCGCUGACUCGAGUCUAGACGGAAGUGACGACACCAGACACAAGGACCGGCACAGCAAGCCGGAGGACCGGCAAAACAAGACGGCCAACAAAGACGGCAGCCAGGAGAAGGUUGUGAAACAGGAAGACAAAAAUGAAACCGUGGCGCCGGAAAAAACCGGUCAAAAGUCAGAGGUCAAAACAGCCAGCGAAAAGGUCGAACCUUUGGCCGUCCAGAAGAAAGGCGAACCUUUGGCCGUCCAGAAGAAAGGCGAACCUUUGGCCGUCCAGUUACCCCGCCAUGAGAGCCAGCCCAACAACCGGAUACCGUUGAGUGACGUCAUGGCAGUGGCACCACGUGACUUCAAGACGUCACAGCUUGCUGGGGAUCCCCCUAAGGAAAGACUUCAGCUGGACUGGGUGUAUGGCUACCGAGGUCAGGAUUGUGCGUGUAACCUUGACCUUCUCGCCAGUGGUGAGAUCAUCUACUUCAUCGCCUCAACUGUCAUCAUCUACAGCCACGUCGAUCACUGGCAGCGUCACUAUAGGGAGCACACGGAGGAUAUCAGGAGCUUGUGUGUCCACCAUGCAGGUCUGCUAGUGGCCAGUGGUCAGUUCGCUAGCAGGGAUGAGCGGGGUCACAAGGCCCAUGUCCGUGUCUGGAGGUCAGACACCUUACAGACCUUACAUCUCCUGGGUGCUGACCUUCUGAGUAAAUGUGUGUUGGCGCUGUGUUUCAUGCCUGGUGAGGAUAUCCUGGCAUGCGCAGACAACUCGCCAGACAAGAAGUUGACCGUGUGGGAUGUCAAGGACGGCUCGCUUGUGGCUGAAACGUUUAUAUCCACGGAGAUGCUGAGUGACAUGACCUUUAACCCAAAGUAUCCUGAGCUGCUGGUCACGUGUGGCAGAGAACACCUGGCCUGGUGGAAAGUCUACGUCCAGUCUAAGAGGAUCGUGUCGUCUGCUCAACCCAACUACGAGAGUUUUCUCAAAGCGAGAUUUGUCAACUGCUUACGUCAUAACCUAAAGGGUGAUCUCAUUACGGGAGAUUCGAAUGGAACAGUCUACAUCUGGGGUAAUGGGGGUAACAGCAUCACAAACUUCGUCAAACAUGGGCAUGAUGGCCCAGUGUUGGGUGUGCUCCACUACAAGAACCACUUGAUGACGUCAGGGAGAGACGGGGCCCUACACUGUUGGACCUGGAACAGGAACAUGGACAAGGACGGGACCUUACAGCUUCCCAAAUCUGAGGGCGGUAUACGCGCCCUGUUGCUGCUACCAGUAGAAGACUCAACGACCUCGACCUUGGUUUUGGGCACAACCUUCAACUCUCUGCUCUACUUGAAUGUCAACCUGACCGGAAGUCCAUUAGAGGGCGUGGUCUUAGAUGACGUACCGAUCACCCACGGUCAUACUGGGGAUCUGAAGGCCAUUCGGGGAAUCCCCAAAUCUUUUCUGGGCGCUGACGUCAUCACAGCAUCAACGGAUGGCGUCAUCUGCAAGCUGAGCUCGAGCAAGAAGCAGCCGGUGUGGAAGCUGUGGAUGAAGGGAUAUCCAUUCCUGUGUGUGGAUACAACUGCUGAGGGGGAUCAGAUGAUCUUAGGCACCAAAGAUGGACAUCUUGUGAUUCUCCAGGUGAUGAGGGACGACAUGACAGUCGUGGAGCUACUCAAUAAGAAAAUAUCAACAGGGGCGAUAACCACGAUAAAACUAUCUCCAGACGGCAGAAAGAUUGCAACAGGUGGGACAGACAAGACAAUUCACAUUUACUGUCUGCAGGCUGUCGAAGGCACAGAUGACGAGGUGUGGGCUCUCUCAGGUAAAUGUAAGGGUCACCAUGGCAACAUCCACGGAGUGGACUGGUCAAGCAACACACUGGACGGUCACGUGAUCGUUAGGAGUAGCAGCACAAUUCCAGAACAAAAGUUCUGGAACGUGAGCACAUUUCAAGAGCUGGGAGGGGAGGUGAUGAGUGACGUCAUGUGGGCCUCGACCAACUGUCUGCUGGACCACACACUCAUAGGCCUCUGGAAAUCCAAGCAAGCCAGCGAAGGUCACAUGACCUGUGUUGACGUCAGCCCUGACCUUCACCUUGCUACCAUGGCAACCAGCAGUGGCUCUCUGAAUCUGUUUCGUUACCCGUCCUGCACAGAAGGGGAUUUCAGCCACACGUACAGAUCGCACGCGCACACCCACAAUCUGACCUUCACCCCUGAUGGUAAAAAUAUCCUGACGGUUGGUGGCGCUGACGUCAGCAUCAUGCAGUGGAAGCUUGUCUAGCCGCAGGUCAAAGGUCACGGAGGUCAAAAGGUCACAGAGGUCAAAGGGUCACGGAGGUCAAAAGGACAAGCAAUGUUUAACGAAAAUACAAGAAAUCAGAUCAAUUUAAGCAACCUUAUGUCUGUCUGUCUGUUUGUCCGUUUGUCUGUC